UCGUGCCUAUAGAAGAAAUCUAUUGUAAAUGUUUUGAAAUACGAACAAAUUCUGCUCGAUUUGCUGUUAAUUUACUUCACAAUUAAUUCAAACGAAAAAUGAUGAAGUUGGUUUCCGUUCAAAGACUCCCGAUACGAGUACGUGUUGAAGCAUCGGCGCCCAUUUCUUCGCCAACGUAAGCCCUCCGUAGAAAAUCGUCGGCUUUCUUCGUUUCUACCGAUAUGCGCCCAUUAAUGCGCAGUACUCGAAAAUUCAAGAUUUCGUGUCAGUCCUCACUCGGUGUUUUCGGUGACCAGACCAGUAAUUACGUGCUAACGUGUCGAACGUGUUGAAUCGUGUCAUUCGCCCCGGAAAGAUACUAUUCGCAGUAUUAAAACUUACAGGAUGGAUAAUAUCGAAGAUCAAGUGAAAUUUUUCGUCGUUGAAUUCGACGAAUUCACUGAAGAAAAUUUCCCGGUCAUUGAUUUAGUUCCACGGUCAUGGGUAGUAUCGACGACCACUGGGCUACGUUGUCAAUAUCCGAACGCGAGUCCCAGCAAAAUUCAGAAAUGGGUGAAAAACCAAAAAGAACCACGUUCGAAUUGGAUGGAUUAUGCUGUUGUUCGCAUCAUUUUUGAAGCACAUGACUAUGAACAAGGUUUUCGACGUCUAAAAAGAUGCCUAAAAAACAUUGAAACGGCACCAAGCACUGACACUGACAACGACGAAACAACCCUGACACUUUUGGAUUCCGUUUCGGAAAAACAACUACUGUCGUAUCUCAAUAAAGAAAAUCCUCUACCUGUCAAUGAUAGUCUCCAUUUAUCGAAUAUCUUGGGUGAUACGCAAGGGAUGCCAUCGCCAAAUAAAAAUAGAUCCAUCAACUGCGACCGUGUAUUAUCAGAUGGAAACGGAAAUUCGAAACGCAACGAAAAUGAUGAUUUAAAGCGUCAUAUUGACGAAAAAUUAAAUGAAAUCAAACGAGAUCUGAUGCGAGCAAUAGAUUCUGCAAAAAGAAGUCUCCAGUACGACUUGGACAAAAAAAUCGUCGAAAUUAAUAAUAAUAUCAUGUUUUCGUCGAAAUCAGCAUUGAAGCAUGGGUCAGAAGCACGAAAAGUAAUUACUACCGCGCUUCCUAUUAAUAAUUUGGAAGAUUUCUUGAAAUUCGACAAGUCUCUACAGGAUGAAAAUGCAGAAACAAAAAGUGCACUGAUUAUCUUACUAAAGUCUUCUGUAGCCGGAAUAACUUCGAUUCAAAAAGACAUUGGUAUCAUGGUCUCAACGAUCAUGAGUAAAGCUGUACAAAUUAAAUACAGUGGAUGCGGCCGAAAAGUCAAGAACGCCGAAACAAAAUUGAAUUUCAGCGCAACAUUGACAUUUGAAUGUAUGAAAGAAAUUUUGCGAGAAAAGUAUUCUGAUGGUCCGGAGCUUGUCGGGCUUUCAACGAAACUAAGUCGGUGGUUCGCAGGUGCUGGUGACCGAGAAGGUGGUCGUCGUGAACGCACCAAUCAGCUUCCUACGCCUACCACUGAACCCGUUGCGACAUCCGAUAUAGAAUAAUCGGUUUCUUACAUUGCUAAGAAAGUUUUCGUUUCCCAAUAAUUUUCUAUGUUCUUUUUUGCUUUAUUUUUAAGAUUAACAAAAGAUACAGUUGAAAGUUUUUUUUUCUUUUCUG